AUGUUAGCAGUUCUGAUCUUCGUCCUGGCUCUCCUGACACCUCUGCAGGUGGAGACCAAGUUCAAGAGUCUUCACUGUACUAACUACGACAAGUCCUAUGGCGAAAUUUUGCUGUGCAAAAUCAAGGCCAUCAAUCGGUACAGGAACUCGUUAAGUAUUCAAUUCAGGCAGUUGAGAACCGUCAAUAAUGUCCAUAUGCGUUUGGAGCUUUUUAAACGAGCCAACGGCUGGCGUCCUUUUUUGUACAAUAUUUCAUUUAAUCUGUGCGAUUUCCUAUCCAAAAGAAACAAUGUGAUCGUGAGCCUCGGGUACGAAUAUCUCAAACCGUACAUCCCAAUGACGAAUUACACUUGCCCGUUCAAGGUAAAUAAAGGUCAUUUAAUUAAGUGUACCGACCUCGAGUUCGAUAUCGAAAAGUUCCGUGUUCGCUUUCCUAUAGAAACCGGCGAGUACGCCCUCCAGCUGAGCUUCAUUGUCCAGAGGAAAGUCACGCUGACCCUGAAUGGAUCUGUAGAAUACUACAACUAUCGUGAGCACUAA